UCUUUUGCUUAAAGCUCUUCAAAUACUUGCAUUAAUCAGGAGAAAUGUGAGCUCAAUGGGUCAUAACUUUUAGUUUGUGUGAUUUCUUGUUGUUAGCUGUUAGAACUUGUUGGGGGAAAACAAAUAAAGGUUUCACUGGAUGCAAGAUUGACCCACAUUGAGAAUGAGAACCAAUUGGAAAUUAAUUUGCAUAUGUGAACCCAAUUUCCAGAUCAAUUGGUCAUGUUUGGGAGACAACGGGCCUUGUAAUUAGCUCGUCAAGUCGUGGGAUAAGAUGUUUAUUUAUGUGAAAUUGGCUCAAUUUUGUCCAGUGGCAGUUCCUCAUCAAAGGUUUUACAUCCACACCUGUACACUCAAUCAUGUAGCAUCUCCCAUGGGUGGUAGUCCUUUUACAGUAAUGGAGAACGGACAUGUUGUUUUCUUUCUAUCAGUUGUCCGAGAUUUGUUACCUGAUGAGGGUAAUAAUGGAUCAUGGUGAACUUCACAAUCUUCACAGGCCAAUAUAAGACAUUGAGGAACUUGUCUGCACCAUAGGCGUGGUAUUGGGCAUUCCAGGAGAUGGGGAAGCGAGAGAAGAAGCAGAGACACCAAAGACACCCUCGCAGAGAAGCCUCUCAUUAUCUUGAAGGAGGAGAGGAUAGUUUCAGUUACGAAAACUUGCCCUCAGCUUCGAAGCCUCCUCUUUCCGAUGAAGAGGAUGAGGAAGAGGAGGUGGAGGAGGAAGAACAAGAGCAAGAACAUGACAGCCAAAGUCCAUCACUAGACAUUCCAUCAAAAUUCCUCCUCUACCAACAAUCUGUCCAGUCGCCCAAAGGAGAUAUAAGCUAUUUGCAGAAAUUUUUUCUCAUGUAUGUGGGUGGACGGCAGGCCCUCCAUCUUCAAGAAGAUUUUUGUGGGACUGCUCUUCUUAGCAUAGAGUGGCUCCGAAAUGACCCAAGGCACAAAUGUGAUUUGUGGCACUUGUGUCCAACCACCAAUAGGUAUUGUUUGACACCAAGGACACCUCAGACACAACCACAGCAAUCAGUCUCUCAUUAUCUUCCUGCUCUGUCAGAUUCAGUUGUUUGGUUGUACCACCGCCUUUGCCUUUCCUUGGGCGCUUCUUGCAAUCCUUAGCCCGGUG